AUGGACGACUCUAAAGCCAACAUAAGACACAAGAAAAUGUUUGAUUUGUUCUUAGAAGAUCCUCGUCAGAAGUUGCAUAACUUCCAAGUCAAGCUGCGCAAGAAGAAGAGGUCUGAAUUAUUCAAGAGAAACCGGAAGAUCUCAGUCAUGGAUGAUAUUACAAUGGAAGAUGAACAUUUGUUUAUCUCAGAUUCUAAGAUACUUCAUCUCAAUCUUGUUGAAAAAGUUGAAGUAUAUGUUGAAAAGAUAGUAAAUAGUUCCUCUGAAGCGGAGGUAGACAAGUUGAUGGACUACCUCCCAAUUUUGAUCAGAGAUAGCUGGGAUUCGAAGUAUAUCAAUGUCCUCACUAAUAAGAAGUUUAUAAACAAACUUGAUCAACUGCUGAGCGGAGCAUCUUUGAAAACUACAAUGAAUAUAGUAAAAUUACUUAUAAAUCUGACAUAUCAUAUUGAAGUAAACUCCAUUGAAUGUUUUAUAAAAGAAGACUUCCUUCAAACUAUUCUUGAACUGCUUGAGCUCCCAGAAAAUCCAGAGUUCUUGGUGGUAGAGAAGUACCAUAAAACUUUGAUACUCCUUUCCAACCUAUGUUUUGAUUUUACAGGCGUUUCUGAUGUACUUCUUCAGAACGGAAUUUUCCAAAUUAUAGAAUCUCUUUUCCACAUCAGAAUCUUCUUCUCCAACAGAGAGUUCCGAUUCAGUGCUAUAACUCUAUUUGACUCUAUCAUUUGACAUCGUGAGGACUUUGAUAUAGAGGAUAUACAGUUCUUUGAGGAGCUGAUCUGUACUUCUCUGGUUUCAGAGUCUUCCUCAUCUAUUUCAGACCCCUCUUGGCAGGUGAGCCAUUUGACUUCUCUUAAUCGUAUUUACAGGCUCUUUCCAUGUUUUGUCCCUCGCAUAGAGACUGUCGAAUGGAUCCUCGACCAAAUCUCUUCAGAAGUUCAACCUAAAGAGAUAAUUGAAGAGUGAUUGCAGCUUCUCGCCACUAUCACAUCCAGAGAGGCUACAAAUGAUUGACUUAAAAGAACGAAAAGGGAUUUGGCUGAAAUUUUAGAACAUGCUUAUUGACUCAGAAGACCCUCAAGCCUAGUUAUGAACGCUAAGCUUUGUAUAAUCUCCAUCGUCCACACUUUGCAGACAAGAUCUAGUCUGUCAGAUGUAGAAUCAGAAAACCUCUGUGAAACAGAGGAAGGCAGAAAGUUGUACAGUAAGAUUGCAGCAGAUCUGGCCAACGGAGAAUUUCUAGUAGCCAAACAAGCAUGCAUGUUAUUCGAAAACUGAACUGAUGAGGGUAUCUGUAAAGAAGUGCUAGAGCAUGCUUGAGAGGCUUUGCAAGAGACAUGUAAAGAAAUUGGACUUUUGGAAUCUGUUUUAAAUAUGAUUAUAAAGAUCUUAGAGACUGACCUUUCUCAGAAUUUAUCUGAUAAUAGAUACGCUAUGUUUUUCAAGGAAAUAGGAGGUUUUGAGAAGAUUGGAAACCUUGCUUAUCAUGAAGAGAUUACAAUUUCUCAAAAAGCAAAGAAAAUUCUUGAUGAAUUUCAUUGGUAUGAGUCAAUCACAUCUUAAAAGUUUAUUUCUGAA